AUGUUUCGCCAGAAGUUCUCCAAGCGCACAUAUGCUGUCGAGCCCAUCCCCUUCAUGAACGAGGUCUUCGUCUCCGGUCCCUUCAAGUCAGCGAAGGUGGGCAGCACGUCCGACUCCACCUUCACCACUCGCCACAAUGACGGGCCGUAUGCUCUGCUUCCGUUCUACAGACCCGGGUCAACGUCGCUGCUGCGGUGGUAG